GAUCCAGACUGCGGACAUGCUGGAGCCCACCCCCAGAAUCGGAUUGUAGCUCGGACGUCACUUAAGUACAGCUUCCCACUAAACGCGUCACGCGUCUCCGGCCUCAACUCCAGCGUUGUACCCAGUGCACUGGAAAGCAUUUCAGAGCCACGACGCAGAUUGUUGCUGCUGUGGAGGCCCGAGUCUCAAUUACCCUCAUUAAGGGACAGUACAGUUUACGCAUCCAGGCCUGCUCAUUCACACCCGCUGCAGACACUGAAUGCACGGCCAACCAUCUACCCAAUAGCACAAAGACAACGCAUCUCCCGGAUGCCGCCCGACAGUCCAGCCGGAACAGCUUCCGCGCAGGCGCAUCCAGCAUGAGCACUUUCAUCAGACCACAAGAUGGCCUGCCGAUCGUCCAAGCGGUCACGGCGGCGCUCUGAGUUGCAGCCCGGCCCUAAUAACAAACGGCUCAGAACAACGAAUGCGCAGGAACGAGCACCCCAUCUUCAGUCGCUGGCGGGUGCGCCAGAAGCGGUGGCACCACCAUCACCACCAACGACAACCACGGUGGACCAUCCUGUGCUGAGCCAGCUGUAUCCGAGUGUGCAGCGCCUGCGGGACUACGUGCUCGCGAAGCUGCUCCAAUCUUCGCGGAUCCGGAGGAAGAAAGUGACUGCUGUCGGGAAGAGGGCUUCGUCCAAAGGGAAGCCCGGAAAGCCGGUCUCUGAAGUCGAGGCAGCUCUUGCGGAACUGCUUGACUCGACGCUCGUGGGUCAUGCGGGUUACGGCACCAGCGAGGACGGGCCUGGAGGCUGCUACAACGGCAGAGAUGGCCGCUGGGAUCAAUGGGUUGGCUUCUCUCAGCGUGCGGAUGAGUCUGCUGUCACGCUCUCGGACGGCGUGGGUGCUUCGACCUACUCACAAUCUGAGAUCGUUGAUUUCGCGAUCUGGUCGCUCUUCGAGAAGACCAAAAAGGCCAACGGGUGGCCGAAACACAUGCUGUGCGAUGGCUAUCGCAGGAAUUGGGGCUCUGGACCCCAGCGACAACCCGUAGGCGCGGGACGAGAGAUUCCCGGUAUUCUAUCGAUGUCUCCGAAUCCUUAUGUGCAAAUGCUGAAGCAGUCUCCAUGGCCAGACUUGCUGCUGCUUCUUGGCAAGUCCGGCGAGCGAAUCAUGAUUGACUUGCUGCUGGAUUGUGCCAUCUUCAAGCUGAUCAAGGCAGGCGAGCAGAACUUUUGUCAGAUUAGCGGAAAACCUCUGUCAGAAGUCGGACAGGGACGGCCAGCAAGCACGAAGAAGCCUGGACAACCAUCUCCGGUGAUCAAUCAGCCGACUGAUAUAGUCUUUGCUCGCUACCGCAUGAUGUACGCGCGGGCCGCACUAAAUGCCCGUGGACGUGUUCACUUUGGACUACGACACAUUCGUAAGGCUAUGCUACUCUUAGCUUGCUCAGAUUGUGCUGACAUUCGGACUAGACGUACUGAACAGAUCGCCUCUGCGAUGCAGCGAAAGCGAAGAUGUCCAUGAUCAAGUCGCUGAUGCCCCCAGUGUUCUGGCUCAGAAUACUGCCAGCACAAACAGGGUCCUUAUGUACAUGUUUCCGCGCCAAUUCGGGUUGCACAACCCUUUCACCACAAAGGUCGACUUUCGUGAAACCUCACAGCGAUUCAAGGACUACACUUUGCGCGAAGAAGAAAUCGUCCUGAAAUUUGGCAAGCACGGAGCUGGCCAGAAGAUCAACACGCCCAAACGAUUGCGUGGUCGGGCGACGGAGUUGGUGAAGCAGAUGCAAAAGCAGCAUCAGCGAUGUUCGUAUUCAAAGUUGAUGGAUCAUUACUGCCCGCUGCCUGGCACACCGGAUGGCAACCCGCAAGCGUCGUGCAAUGCAAGGCAAACGUCCUCGCAAACGAAGC